UCGCAAUUGAUCUGAUUGUACAACACAUCCGAGAUAUUUUAAACGAUAGGAGGAGUUCGGAAGAACGGCAGAUCAGCCCUCCAAAAAUACAUCAACAUCAUACUUCUCAAGGUUCCCCAUCCAGGCCUCCUAGAAAUGUUAAUGCUGAAGCCUUGUUUGAAAGAAGGCAUUAGAAGAGAAGAUGCUAGAGAAUGUAAAUGUAAUUUAUUCGACAUUUGUUGAAAUAGGGGAGGGGGAAUUUAGUUAUUUUUUUCAGGGGCACUUUUUUGAGAAAGUCAAUACAGGGAGAUUGACUUGAAUAAAGGUCUGGUAGUUCUAAAUUUUCGACAUGUCAUCUAGGAUUAUUGAACGCGUUUAAAAACCGAAAAAAUUUGGAACUUUCUCCACACUACUUAUAUCUAAUUUUUUUUUUAUAUCUUUUUCCUAAUAUCAACUGUAUUCAUCAUACCUCUGGUCGGUUUGUCAUCUUCUAUGAAUACAUCUUCCAAAAAAUGUAUCAAAGCAUAUGAUAACGCCUGUGAGACAGAUAUGUAAGACAAAAAACUAAUACGAUUCCACUUGAGAAACGUGUUGUUUCAUUUUAUAUAGUUGGCAAUAAAAUUAUUGAACUUUUCUUUAUCACUUGCGAAAAUUAAAACUUUUUGGCUUGGCAUUUGUCUAAGCAAAUUGUUUCUCUCUUAAUGAGUCACUUGCCAAUGGAAGUAGAUAAUAUUUACAAACGAAUUAUCUCAAUGUAAGCGUUGGUUCAUUCUAUUGGCAUACAGUUUACAAUAUGGAAACAUUUCAGGAUAAUUCGAUUCCAAGAACUUGUCGUUUCCAGUUUCCAUAUAUUUCAUUGUCCAGCCAAACAUUUCUCCUGUCAACUAGCAGGUGUUUUCUUUCAACUCCAAACUAUCUCGAUUUUUUUAAAGUUCUUUAACAUUGUUCCAGAGUGACAUAUGUCAAACUCGUAGGUCCUAUCCCCAUAGUUCAACAGGAGAUAAACUGAAUUCUUAUUUCCCUUUCUCCAUGAAAUCAACCAAUGUCGAACCUCUUACAAGUGUCUAGUUUAUUUUUUGUUGCUUUGCCUUAACAAGCAAUAAUUUAGAUGCAUAAGACUCAUUUCAAAUAUGUGGGUUCUAGGAGUAGCUUUCCUGCAUGUGAUUUGACAUUAAGAGUAAUGGAAUGUAUAAAUAUAAUAAUGAGUUAUAUAAAUCAGGGACACUUCUGUCUUUGGAUCGUCUAAGCCGAUAUAAUAAUAAUAUAAAAUUUUAUAAUCCACUUGAGAGUCUUUCAAAAAGAGAAUAAUAAAGGUCCCCUUCAUUCACGCCGGUUUCCAGGCCGGGACAGACAGGGGACUGUAUAUGUGGGAAAAAAAUCAAAGGGUCUCCGUAGCAGG